AUGAAGACCUACUUCGAUGUCCAAAAGAGGAAGCUUGAGAUUGAAGAGGUGAAGGCCAAGACGAAGGCUAGGGAAAUUGAGCUCAAAGAGAAAGAAUUGGAGCUCAUUGCAGUGGCAAGGGCCAAAGAGGUGGAGUUGAAGGAGAAGGAAGUUGAGCUGAAACGGCAAGCCGAGAACCACAUGAUCAUGAACGCCGACUUGACUGCCAUGAACGAGGUGAAGAGAGCUUGGCUCCCGAUAUGGUUCCGCGGAGAUAACGGCCAGCGUGGAGCGUGGUACGGCGUCGCGGUGUCCUUCGUAUCAAUGCUCGUCUUCUGCGUGCUCGUCGCCACCGUCAGCGUCUGGAAGGCGUUCGUGUUCGCCGGUCUGGCGUUGGUUGCCUUCGGGAUCGUAGAGUGCCUUAGGCCGACGGGCGGCACCGGCGACGAGCAGGAGGCUAGGGCGGGCGCUCCACCGCGGGCGUGGAAGUUCGGGCUCGGGAAGAGCACGAUCGACGCGCUGCCCACGUACGCAUACACGCCCAGUGGCGCCGAGGGAGGCGGCGACCUCGAGUCCGGGAGCGGCGAGCUGUGCUCCGUGUGUCUGGAGGAGCUUGAGGACGGCGAGAUGGUCCGGCAGCUACCAGCGUGCAAGCACCUCUUCCAUGUGGAGUGCAUCGACAUGUGGCUGCACUCUCACACCACGUGCCCUAUUUGCCGCUGCGACCUGUCGCCACCGAGGACGAUUACUGCAAAAUUGGCGGCUGUAGAGACGGAACUGCCGGCUGAUGAUGCUUUGCCGCCUGUGUAG